UGCAGACUUGGAAUAGCGAGCAAGCGGGAAGGACGUUCUAUCUCACUGUGGACAUCUCUGUGUAAAGGAUUUUCCUCUUGUCCACAUCGAUCCUAAGGAUGUUCCAGUUCCAGCUGUCUGCGUGGAUCCUGUGGAUCAUGGUGUCUCCUUCCCUGGUCCAGUCCACCCCGGUGGUCAACGGAGUCGAGUCAAUGCCUGAGGAGCAUGGCUUCCACGUGGGGAUAGCGCAUAACGUCCCCUUAUUCGAGGCGUGGAAAGUGUACGACAAACGACACGUACCCGAACCGAAGGACGGGUUCGUCCUCACGCCCACCUGCGGCGGCGCCUUGAUCCACCCCCAGUGGGUCCUCACGGCCGCCCACUGCGUGGACUCCAUCGACUUUAAAAACACCUUCAUGGGACUCGGGAAGCAGCAUCCCUUCACAAACGGGCAGCUUCUGCGCUCGGUGGUGAAAACCUUCGUCCACCCUGCCUACGAUCCGAAGCAAAAACAUGAUGACAUCGGGUUAGCGAAAUUGGACAAACCCGUGGCAGUGGGAGAAGACUUGAACACAGAAGCCCCAAUUUGGCCCAUCAUGAUCCCGGAUUCUGAUUUCGACUAUUCGGCGCUGGAAAGCGAAAAUUGCUCUGUUUACGGCUUCGGGAAGACGGAAGAGCGCGGACGAGGGCCCAAGAGCCUCAUGAAGGCCACGGUCGCACUCUGGAACGACUCCAGAUGCAGCAAAAUCUAUUGGGGAGAACCAUUUCAGUCCACGAUGCUAUGCGCCGGCGGGGAGAAUACGGAUGCUUGCCAGGGGGACAGUGGAGGACCGCUGGUGUGCCAGAUGGCCAAAGACGGAGAGCCGAUUUUGGUUGGGGUCGUGGCCUUCGGCUACGGUUGUGCCACUCCGAAGAUCCCCGGGGUCUACACCGAAGUCAGACACUACGCCUCUUGGAUCAAGGACACCAUCGAAGGCGAACGCAUGCGAGAACUGGCCGAAAGUCAGACGCAGCGCAAAACGGACAACCUCGACUGGACCACGCAACCGGAAGCAUAACGCUACGAUUCUCCUAUCAUGCGACUAAGACGUCUUUCCUGGUUUUCCUAAGGGUGGUGCCAGUGGCAACCUGAAUGCCGGAUCUCACUCGCCUUUCAAGCUUUCGGCUUCCACGUACAUUUGUGCCCGAGGAACAAGGAGAAGAGUAGUUCAGAUUGCCUCGCAUAUAUCUGCUUCUCUUUCACCCUUGGUGUGAAGGUCACUCAAGUGUCCUUGAGUGGAAGCCUAAAAUCAGACAGACGGAUGAGGUCCAGCAUUUUUCAGUGGCUUCUCCUCUCGGCUCCUGCUGCUAGCAUCUCUCUCAGGAAGAAGUGGAAUGAUGUAUACUUAGCGAUAUGGUAGGAACUAGUCCAUCACAAAUCCUUCCCGUAAAUUAUGAUUCCGAAGUACAUUUGUUUCUUGCACCCAAGGCGAUAAGCGUCUGAGACGCUUCCAAGGUCCUCUUGGGUUUCAAUGCAUUUGAGUCAUUCUCCUUGAGAAUGUGAUCCUCCGCAGAAUCCCUUGAUCAUGCAGCAAAUUAUAUCUGUUUCAGCCCCCACCGCAGGUAUCGCCGGGUUAUUUUAUUUUUUGAAUGGUGAAUGAGUUUUACAAUGGGAUAAUGUUUUCUUUUUACGAGUGGUAAAUACAGUUUAUGGACAAAUGAAUGAUAGGGAGUGAAUACAGAGAUAGGUGUCGUUCCAGCGGCACAUCCCUAUUAAGGGAAAGAGGCAAGAGGAGCAAAGAAGCAGCGCGAGGAGAUGGCAAUUGCAGCAGGCCUCAGAUCCACCGCUAUUGAUCCCGAAAGACGAAAGGAAAAAGA